AAUGCACCUUCCCGGCCGCCGUCAUGUCUCUGGUGUACCCGUUACUAUCUUGACUUUACUCGUGCGCAGAUCCCGUGUUUUGGCUGCUUUUUCCUCGCCUGUUUUUUGGUCAACAUGUCGGAAUACAAUGUGGUGCCGCCACCCGGAUCCGGGGCCCCUCUCGGCGGACAGGCGGGUCUUGGGAACGGAGCUGGAGACAUCAAGAAAGAUGCGUUUGCGGACGCGGUGCAGCGGGCCCGGCAGAUUGCAGCUAAGAUCGGGGGUGAUGCUGGUCCUCCCAUGAACAACAACACUGCAUCUGAUGGCUUUCCAUUCACUGCACAGAAACGACAGCUGGAGGAUGCAGGUAUCGUGACUGCACUGCUCAGUGCGCAGUCUCCUUGAUCUACUGUGGCUUGGGUUGUGCUUCAUUUGUGCGUGACAGUGAGUCGCUUUGGACAAAAGCGUCUGCCAAAUGAAUACAUGUAAAUAUGAACCGGAGAGCAAGAAGCUGGCUGCACAGAAUGACUUAGAUUCAGCCAAUGCAUUGUCUAUUGGUGCACAGCUAGCUGCUCUUGCACAACAAAGGCCCGCCUACAGCACAGAGGAGUACAGUGUACCAGACAGCAUGGUGGGACUCAUUAUUGGUCGUGGAGGUGAACAGAUCAAUAAGAUUCAACAGGAGUCAGGUUGCAAGGUUCAGAUAGCUCCAGACAGCGGAGGCCUUCCAGACAGGAGAGUCUCUCUCACGGGUUCUCCAGACUCCAUACAGAAUGCCAAGGGGCUGUUGGAUGAGAUAGUCUCACGAGGGAGGGGUACACCCCCUUCUUAUCACGAGUCCACCAACGGGCAGAAUGGUACGGUGCAUGAGAUGAUGAUUCCAGCUGGCAAGGCUGGUCUUGUCAUUGGCAAAGGAGGCGAGACUAUCAAACAGCUACAGGAGCGGGCCGGGGUGAAGAUGAUCCUGAUCCAGGAUGCCUCUCAGGGACCCAACGUUGACAAGCCCCUUCGCAUUAUCGGAGAACCCUACAAAGUCCAGCAAGCCCAGGAGAUGGUGCAGGAGAUUCUGAGGGAGAGAGACCACGGUGGCUUUAGUGAAAGAAAUGAUUUUGGCCCCCGAAUGGGAGGAGGCAUGGAUAUCCCUGUACCAAGACACUCAGUCGGUGUUGUCAUCGGGCGCAAUGGGGAGAUGAUUAAGAAAAUACAGAAUGAUGCUGGAGUUCGGAUACAGUUUAAACAAGAUGACGGGACUGGUCCAGAUAAGAUUGCUCACGUCAGUGGUCCCCCUGACCGCUGCGAGCACGCUGCCCAGAUCAUCAACGACCUGCUGCAGAGCAUCAGAGUCAGGGAGGAGGGACAGGGGGGUCCCCCAGGUCCUCCAGGCAUGCCUGCAGGCAACAGGGGCCGAGGUGGGGGACAAGGCGGCUGGGGGUCCCCUGGAGGGGAAAUGACCUUCUCUAUUCCUGCCCACAAGUGUGGGCUAGUGAUUGGCCGAGGAGGAGAGAACGUCAAGUCCAUCAACCAGCAGACAGGGGCGUUUGUAGAAAUCUCUCGACAGCCGCCCCCUAACGGAGACCCCAACUUCAAGCUUUUUAUCAUUCGGGGCUCACCGCAGCAGAUCGACCACGCCAAGCAGCUUAUUGAGGAGAAGAUUGAGGGUCCUCUGUGUCCUGUGGGUCAGGGGCCAGGUGGACCAGGACCUGCUGGUCCAAUGGGUCCCUUUAACCCUAACCCAUACAACCCCGGACCGCCUGGGGCACCCGGACCACCACAUGGUGGUCCUCCAGGUCCUCACCAGUACACCCCUCAGGGCUGGAGCAACACCUUCCAGCAGUGGCAGCCUCAGGCACCCCAUGACCCCAGCAAGGCAGCAGCCAAUGACCCCAACGCAGCCUGGGCGGCCUACUACGCUCAGUACUACCAGCAGCCGUCGGGGGCUGUGCCAGCCCAGUACCCUGCUAACCCAGCUGGAGGUGCCCAAACUUCAGGGGACCAGACCCAGCCUGCCCAGACGGCGGGGGGCCAGCCAGACUACACCAAGGCCUGGGAGGACUACUACAAGAAGAUGGCCCAGGCAGGUGGCUCUGUCCCUGCGACGGCAGCCGCAGGAGGAGCAGCAGCUGGAGGAGCAGCAUCCACAACGGGGGGCCAGCCGGACUACAGCGCAGCCUGGGCAGAGUACUACAGGCAGCAGGCUGCAUACUACGGACCAACAGGACAGGCCCCCAGCCAGCCAGCCACUCCCCAGCAAGGACAGACGCAGUGAGAGUUCAUGGCAGAAGGUCUUGGGAGAGAAUCGGGAAGACGGGAUAAAGAAUGACGACCCUGAACUUAAGGCCAGAAUCUAGCCUGUUUUUUUUUAUUUCUUGUGAGGGGAAAUGAAAAUCUUUCUCAUCACCAAACACCACCUGGACACUUUUUAAUAAAAAUGUGAACUGAACAAACAUUCUAGUGCUGUGCCGCUGAGGGGAGGGAGAAGACUGAUAAUCUCACCAUGACAGGGAAAAUGGCUUCUUAAUGCCUCUACAUACAUUUAUAUAUGCCAUUAUGAACAUGGAAGCCUUGAAACGCUUACUUUAUUGCAGAGAAAUUGCCAAUAAAUCUAUCUCAUCUUCCUUUAAUUAACUUCUUAAGACUUCCCAUUUUUAAAGCACUUCAUUCCCAUGUGUUAUAUAUACUGCAUUUCCUGAACAUAGCUAUUAGGAAUAUAAUCACAUUUGCGUAAGUGUUUAGAUUAUUUUUUUUUUCUAUGAAAUUGUCACCUUUCUCAGCUGAGGCUUGCAUGAUAUUUUUUACAAGUUUUACAGUGUACAAAUGAAAUACUAAAGUGCUCAUUCCUGCAUGUGGGCUGACUAAUUGCUGAAAGCUGCUAGAGGUAGAUGACAAAACACUUCAAAUGUAAGGCACCUAAUAAAGAACAGCUUCAGUUGGUCUUCUGAUAACAUGCAAGUUAUGUGAAAACUGAUUUAAUUAGGGAGGCCACAUCUGGCGGCAAAUCUCCCUUCAUUUCAGAAAACAACAAACUUUGAGCUAGCAAGCUACACGCUGAAAAAGUUUAUGAAGAAAAUUUGGUUGGUGCACUAAGACAGGCCUGCUUGGUUCUUUCGGGUAAUGAUUGUAAAGAUUUACAAAGAAAAUGUUCACGGCAUUUACAGCGUUUACGUUUUCGGACCGAUUGGCUGGGAUUUGCUAUGGACAAAAUAAACACUGUGAUACACUGGUAAGAGCAAAUUUCAUUUAACCAUGUAUCCAGCUAAUUUAAAUAGCUCACAUUACUAUAUUGGGUAAACAGUCAACUUCAUUUAAUAUUUUAUGUGGCAUUUUUGUUUUUUUGCGGGGAGAAAAUGUGCCACUGAAUCAAGUUCCUUCCCGAGACCCUUUUUCAGUUCCACCUUCUUUGUGGCCGAAACUUAGCGCCGCCCAAAAUGAUUGUGAUUGGUUUGAAGAAUAUGAAACAACUCCGCGUUUUUUUUUUCUCCUAUCCAGGAAUGUAUGUGUGGAGGGGCCGGACCUUACUAGCGCUGUGGAGAUAGGUCUGGCAAUGUGAGACUACCAGUGUGAAGAUCACUACAUAAAGCAAUGUGUUUGGUUUAUGCUGCCAUGAUUUAAGACUUUUCUUCUUUCCUCAAUUUAUUUUUCAUCGUUGUCACACACCCAUCUGCUUUUAAAGCACCUUAUUUUCCUCUUGAAAUGUCCAUUCAAGAGAUGGGAAAACAUGCUUUAAAAAAACAUUUAUUUGGGUAUUUUAGGCCUUUAUCUCCGCAGGCCAGAUGAAGACACAAAAGGGCCGACAUGCAGCAAAGGGCUGCAGGUCAGCGGCCGCUGCGUCGAGGAAUUAACCUUCUCUUAAAUAUGUGUGCCCGCUCUACCAAAUGAGCUAACACGGCCACAGGAAAAGAAGUUUUUUUUUUUUUUUUUUAAAUGUGACUAGCUUGGUGUGAACAAUCCUAGUUAUCAUAUUUUAUAUUUUUUAGAAAUCUUAUAAGGGAUUGUCAGACCAAACGUAUACUGCUCGUGGGCAUUCACUUUUAGGCUUCUGCAUAUUUCUUUUUAUCAUGUAGUGACUUUCAUGUGGAGGUUGUGUCCCCCUCUGUGAUUCAUACAGCUGCAGGUUCUUCUACACUGGGAGCUUGGUAAAAUUCACUACACAUUCAAACCAUGCUGUUAUUAUCUCAAGGUUGCAAGGAAUUGCUUUUAAGUUUAUAUACUUUAGUUUUAAUGGAUGCCAACAAGAAUGUGUUGAUCUUUUCUCCUUCCCACAGUCAUUGUGUGUAACAGAAUGAAUUGUAGUCUUCGAAUGUGUUUCACUUUAAGAUAUAACGUAUAUGUACAUAUAUAUUCAGCAAUAUAAGGCUGUUGGUUUUGGUUGGCAGAGAUGUAUCAGGUAUGAAUCUUGUAUUCUGAAUGGCAGCUGUAAGCCUGCCUUUGGCAGCAGUAUUGAUAUUGUUAAUAGAUGACCACCACCACCAGCAAUACUCUGAAUUAAAAUGGGGAAAAUGUCAAUUACUUUAAAA